GAACGAUCCACCGCCGCGGUGGACGCGAUCAGGAAGGCCGAGGUGAAGUCCAGAUGUGCAUCCAGGCUGUCCAACGGCUCCGCAGACACCCUGCCGCUGGACGGCGACCUGCAGGGUUCGAACACGCUCCAGCUCGAGGAUCAGGACUUCGACGAGCCCGCGCCGGAAACGGAGGAGGCCUUCGGCGAGGAGGAGGUCCGCCUCGAGAAGCCCCGGCAGUUCCUCUUCACCCUCUGCCUCAACUGGAAGGCGCUCGACGUCACGCUCGCGGACUCCGUGGUGCCCGUGCUGGUGUUGCACAUGCAGUGGCCGCGCCCGGGCCUCGAGGUGUACAAGUACAGCCUGCCCCACUCCUUCCUGGAGAUGCACAUGCGGUUCACGCUGGAGGUGGAGAUUCUGAACCCUCGGAACAACGCGUGGGAGCCGCUCGUGGAGCACUUCCACGGAUACUUCCAGAUGGUGCGGGAGUUGACCAGCCACGGGAGCGACAAGCGCAUCAUGCUCAGCGGGCGGGACGAGCUGCUCCUGAACCUGAAGCCCUCCACGCUGCAGCGGUGCCGGGACCAGGGCGGGGGCGAAGAUUUGCCGCCGGUCUGA